GAAUCUGGAAUUUUCUCUUCCUGUUUAUGUUUGUAAAGUGAGCCGCCCGCGCUCACGGAUGACUCACUGUGGGGGGGUCCACGUCACUCCGCGGCUCUGCGGGUCUGCAGGGUCUCUGAUCGGUCCGCGUGUCUCGGUCACCUUCUCAGCGAUGUCUCGUGGUGAGGCGCGCGGAGCAGAGUGCGCGUGAGAGUCGGACAGAGCUCGUGUGUGUGCGUGUGUGUGUUUGAGUGUGUGUGCGUGCGUGUGUGUGUGCAUGUGAGUGUCUGUGUGUGUGUCUCAUGCAGGAUGUCCGCGGAGCUCCGGGUCCAGCUCAGCCCGUCUUCAUGACGCUGUGGGCGACCUCGACAUGCGUCUCCUGCCCGCGCCCAGCGCCCAGUCCCUUCGGCUCCUUUUCCUCUUUAUCUUCGUGAUGGGGGUCACCCCCUCCCCGGCUCUCACGGCCGGAUGCCCAGACCGCUGCGUGUGUGACGAUCAGCUGGUGGUCCAGUGCGCUGGGCAGGACUUGGUCCUGUUCCCCGCAGACUUGCCGCUGGCCACGCGGCAGCUCAUCAUCUCCAACAACCGGAUCGGAGACCUGCCGGCGCUGCAGCUCAACUACCUGUCCGACCUGGUCUACCUGGACUGCAGCAACAACUCUCUGAGUGAGAUCUCAGAGUCCACCUUCGGGAACUUGCGAAAACUGGCCUACCUGGACCUGUCCUUCAACGCGCUGCUGCAGGUCGAGGACCGGACUUUCGGGCCACUGGCGUCCCUGGUGAUGCUGCGGCUGACUGAUAACCCAAGUCUGGGGGAGGUCCACCCGGACGCCUUCUCGGAGAACCUGGCUCUGCAGGUCUUAGACUUGAGCCGGAACAACCUGACGGUCCUGAACAUCAGCAGCCUGAUCGCGCUGCCGGCGCUGCGCUCUAUGGGACUCAGCGGGAACCCCUGGAGCUGUGACUGCGACACUGAGGACCUGUGUCUGUGGGUACAGAUAGAGGGUUACAAGUUCCAAGGUGAGACCGAGUGUGGAAAAACCAGGAGAGGUUCAAAACAACACGCUUACUUUGAAAGGUCCACUUUCUGCAAACUUAACUAAAGUUUAUCCAGAAACUAAGUUUGCGUGUAUGUGUUGGUGUGUAUAUGUGAGUGUGUGUGUGUGUGUGUGUGUGCGUGUGUGUGUGUGUGUGUGUGUGUGUGGUUGUUGUGUGUGAGAAAAGACACUUCAAGGUCUCAUCAUAGAUUUUCGUCACUUCAGCUAAUUUAGAUAAUUUGAUUCUGGGCUCAGGUUGGUCCCUGUGGAGGACGGGUCUUUUAUUACUUUAUUCCUUUAUAUUAUGGACGCAUUCACACACACACACACACACACACUCAAUUUUUUAUAAUAAUACUAAUCAUACUUUUUAUUUAAGUGCCUUUCUGGACACUCAAGGACACUUUACAGAGUAAAAACAACAGGAUGAAAGCAAUAGAGAAAACAGGGGGGGGUAUAAAUAUGUAUAUAUAAAUAACAUAAACAAAAACAUGACAAGGUAAAUUAUAAGGAGUGUGCUAAUCUGAACAGGUGGCUUUUGAGUCUGGAUUUGAAGAGAGGGAGAGAGUCUAUAUUCAGGAUGUCGGGUAGGAGUGAGUUUCAGAGAUGGGGAGCAGAGCGGCUGAAAGCUCUACUCCCCUUGGCGGGCAGGAGGCAGAGUGAGGUGCAUGGAGGAGGAAGAUCUGAGGGAGUGGGAGGAGGUGACUGCGUGGAGGAGAUCAGAGAGGUGGGGGUGGGGGGGGGAUUGUGGAUGGCCUUGAAUGUAUACAGAAAGAUUUUGAAUUAGAUUCUGAAUUUUAGCUGCUGAAGGAUGGGGGUGAUAUGGUGAAAUGAGGGAGUUUUGGUGAUGAUCAUGCAGCAGAGUUCUGAAUCAGUUGAAGUUUAUGGCGAGAUUUGUGGGGAAGGACAAAGAGAACAGAGUUACAAUAAUCAAUACUGGAGGUGACAAGGCUGUUGACGAGAAUUGAGGUGGUAUGAGGGGUGAGGGAGGGGCGGAGACGAUUAUUUUCAUCCAAUUUAAAGUAUUCGAGGGUGUUAGAGCUGAACACUGAAACAGACCAUUCGACCUCAAACAGCAGUGAAUUGGACCACACUGAGCCACAUGGUCCUGUUUCAGGUGAUCAGAGAUGUUAAUGAGCAAGUGAGACAGAUGAGACAGGCAACAUCUGGCAGCAUCUAUCAGUGAUGUCUACGAGCCUGUCCUACUGACAGAGGAGUCCUCUGCACCUCAUUUUACACACACACACACACACACACACACACACACACACACACACACACACACACACACACACACACACACACUUGGCCCUGUGUUGCAGAUAGUUAAUGAUGGAGUCCAAAAUACUGAACUUCCCUGCUCCCAUUAAACAUUGCAGGUAUAGUGCAGAUAGAUUUACUUCAAGAGAAAUAAUGCAUAUAGACUAUCAAUAAUAAUAAUAAUAAUAAUCAUAAUAAUGAUGAUAAGAAGAAGAAUUCCAAAGAAAAAUACUCCAACAAAGUGUGUGCAUCCUGUCAUUGCAGCAGAAGAGCUCCAGGUCUGCAUGGGGUGCUUACUGCAGCUGAAUUUCCGAUAUUGAUAUUUCUUUCUAACAUCUGAUCCCAUUUGAUAAUUAACUGUGUUUUUGUGGUUCUUUUGGGUUUUUAUGGUGGCCCUGAAGGUCAACUGCACAAAUAUUUCAAGAACACAAAAACAUUUUACUGGACCCACAAACACUCUACUAGACAAAAAGGAAAUGUCACUUCACAAUAUUUCAUGAAACGCCAAAUCAUUCAGAUGUGCCUUAAGUAUGACAGAGUAUUGGGGCCACAUUAAGAAGAAAAAAAAAUUAAGACUUCAAGAUUAAAGUCAUUACUGACAAGAAUAAAGUCAUAGGAAAAUCAUUAUUUACGAGAAUAAAGUUAUAAAACCAUUACUUACGAGAAAAAAAGUCGUAAUAAAAUCAUUAUUUACGGGAAUAAAGUCGUAAAGUAAAUGAAGGCUUAAAGCUGCUUUUGUGGAGGAGGAAAUGGCUGAAACUGGUCAACUGCAGAGUUAUCUGUAGGUGCAUCAGUGGGCCAUUCAGAGGGCUUUUGUGGUUUCUGAAGAAACAAUCCAACUGAUGAUCAACAUUUGCGAUUCAGAGGUAUUCAAGCUCUGACGAGCGCCAUGUCUGUCUCUGAUGUCGGCACAACAUCGGCAGCAACCUACACCUGCAGAGGCACCAACACCUUAUGACAUAUAGAUGCAUACGAUAAACUAAAGCCAAAUGCUAUAGCUAUAAAUGGCUGCACUGAGGGAUUUAGCCUCUGCACUGCCAGAGGCUGUACGACUUAAUUCUAGUAAGUAUUUACGAAGUCUUACAUUUUUUUUCUCCUAAUGUAGCCCUCAUACUCUGUCGUACUUAAGUAUUUCAUGAGACAAAAAAACCUGAAAACACAAAAAUAUUCAAAGACACACAAAAUACAAAAGAAUUUCAUAAUGUUGUAAAAGAGGGGGACUUCCAGGUCAUGGAGAAGAUGGCAGCAUAGGGAGAGUGCUCUCUUGACAACAGAAAAUAUCUGCUCCCAAGUCAAAUUUCUAAAGAAUCUGAGGUAAUGCGAGUGGAGCGAAGAUGGCAUCUCGUAUAAGGGUAAAAAAUGUGGUCAAAGUACCAACAAAAAUGAAAUACAUCCUGUUAGCAAAGAUAACAAUAGAAUGGUUGGAGACAAAGAGUCUGUGAACUUCACCCUGAUCCUAAGAGAAAGGCAAGAUCACAGAGAAUUUUAAAAAGUUACAGAAUGCGGAAGAGAUAAUGGCGGGGAUGCUAACGCUACAAGAGCAGCUACAGAUGAAGAUACUGGACCACGAUGGGCACUUGAGGGGGGAAAAUGUGAGGAUAUACAGAUUGAUCCUAGUCGGAUUUCUCAGCAAUAGAGUGAAAGAGAAAGUGGUAAAGCUGGCAAAAGAAAGGUUUUACUCGGGGAAAAUAUAAAAUCAGUGUUGACCACAACUAUGCACCUGGAGUCCUGGCAAGAAGGAGGGAUUCCCAGAAACACAGAGAAUUAUGAGAGAAAAUAUUAUACGGUUUCAGACUGUGUACCCCACUCGGUUGGUAGUUUUUCUUGAAGAUGAAACAAAAAGCUGUGACACAGUGGAAGAGGCAGCAUCCAACCUGGCAGGACGGGGAUGGCCAGUCAUUCACUUUUAGACAGGGUGCAGCAAUGGAUGUGGCAGCCCGCGCAGACACAAUGGCCAACCUGGGUGAAACAACACUAGGCUACAAGGAAAAACUGCUAGUAUUCAAAUGAGAGAAAUAAGGGAUCCCAGAUUGAGUGAUAUCUGUUAAUCAAUCAUGGGGAAGAGCGGCUUGGUUCAGGUAAAAAGAAAAUGACUGUUCAAUAAAUUAUUAAAAAGUAGACAACAAGUUGAAAUAAAAAUGGAACUGUUGAGACUUUGGAUGACAGACAUUAAGUUGGAGGGCCCUCUUACCCUCUGUGAAGAUGGGAGUUAUCCCUCAAAGAAGGGGGGAAAUAGUUGAAGUCCUUAAAGAGGUCAAAUGAAUAAUGUUCAGAAUGUUCUUUAUUUUGGUUUUGUUCGUGGCUCUGUUUGGUUAGGCUUAAGGGAGCUUAUAAUGUUUUUUCAAUGGGUAGAGCUGGAAUAUUUUUCUAUAAUGGGAACAAUAUGCAGAAAGAAGUAAAAAUGGCAUCUUUCAAUAUAAUCAGGGUUUUUAAUUCAGUUGAGAAAAGUAAAAUUCUGUCAAAAUUUAAGAAAGAAUAGGCAUAUAUAGCUUUUCUUCAAGGGUGGCUAUCCGUGUAUCCAGUUUACCAAAUUAUGAACAUGUAUCAGAAAUUUAGGAUGAAGAGGGAAGGUUUAUCAAAAUCACAGGGAUUUAGAGGGAAUUUACAUCUCUUUAUUAAAUGUUCAUAAAGUACCAGGUAGUGACUGGUCAUUUUACAGAUAUGUAUUUGAGAUAAUUGCUAAGUAAAAUUAAGUGGCGAUUGGUAGAGGUGGCUUUAACAUUAAAGGUUAAACCCUGCAGUAGAUUCCUCUGGAAUAGCCUCUCAGGUUAGGUCCCUGAGAAAUUAAAGUAAAAGCCCUUAUGGAAGUUGGGCAUUAUCCAUAGUUGGGAUGCAGAAAAAUUCUUUGACUUUGUAAGAUGGCCAUUUUUGUAUGAAGUUUUGAAAAGAUUUAGAUUUCAUGGCAAAUUUGUUGGUGUGAUUCAGUCUCUUUAUGUCGUGUCCACAGUCCAGAUCAAAAUGAAUGGGGAUCUCUCUGAAGGGAGGUACAAGACAGAGCUGCCCAACAUCUCCCCUUCUUUUUUUUCCUCGAAUAUAAAGCAAAGUAGAAAGAAUUCGAAUUUGGAAUUAAAUCAGCUGUCCCUCUCCAAGCUGUAAUUGCCAAUAAUAAUGUGCAGAAAGAUAAAGACUAGAAAUCGCUAAAUUGUGUGGUGCCCUUAUUCAAGCUAGAAAUGAUAAGACCUGGUACAUAACUACAUUAUUCGGUACAAUUUAGUACAUUAUUCAGUAUUGUAAGACAUUAUUCUACGAAAAAUACAGAGAUGCACGGAGUAAGUGUUGGAGAUAGUGUGGUUCAGAGGACAGUUAUCACUUCCAUAUUUUCAGGGACUGUCCCAAAAUGCUUCCUUAGUGGAACAACAUUCACAAAGCCUAGAGUGUAAUUUUUCAGGCAAAAAUUCCUUUGAACUUUGAGAGUAUUUAUUUGGGGCAUCUCGAGCUUGAAAAGAAGCAAUGAUAUGAAGUUCUUACAGGCCCUCUUGGAAGCAAGCAAGAAAUCAAUCCCCAGGAAGUGGCUGAAACCAGCAGCUCCUUCCAUCGAGGUAGGGUACAGUUUUGGAAAUGUUGUUGUAUUUUACGCUUCAUAAUGCGCCACACAUUUUCAAUGGGAGACAGGUCUGGACUGCAGGCAGGCCAGUCGAGUAUCAGCACUUGUUUACUAUGAAGCAACGCUGUUGUAACACAUGCAGAAUGUGGCUUGGCGUUGUCUUGCUGAAAUAAGCAGGGGCGUCCAUGAAAAAGACAUUGUUUGGACCGCAGCAUAUGUUGCUCCAAAACCUGUAUGCAUUAAUGUUGCCUUCACAGAUGUGUAAGUUACCCAUGCCUUGGGCACUAAUGCACCCCCAUAUCAUCACAGAUGCUGGCUUUUGAACUUUUUCGUGGAUAACAGUUCUUUUCCUCUUUGGCCCAGAGGACGCAGUGUCCACUAUUUUCAAAAACAAUUUGAAAUGUGGACUCGUCAGACCACAGAACACUUUUACACUUUGCAUCAGUCCAUCUUAGAUGAGCUCAGGCCCAGAGAAGCCAGCGACAUUUCUGGAUGUUGUUGAUAAAUGGCUUUUGCUUUGCAUAGUAGAGUUUUAACUUGCACUUACAGAUGUAGCGAGGAACUGUAUUUACUGACAGUGGUUUUCUGAAGUGUUCCUGAGACCAUGUGGUGAUAUCCUUUACAGAUUGAUGUCGGUUUUUGAUACAGUGCGGCCUGAGGGAUCGAAGAUCAGGGGCAUUCCGUGCCACUUACGUGCAGGGAUUUCUCUAGAUUCUCUGAACCUUUAAUGAUAUUAUGGACCGUAGAUGUUGAAAUCCCAAAAUUCUUGCAAUUGUACUUUGAGAAAAGUUGUUCUUAAACUGUUUGACCCUUUGCUCAUGCAGUUGUUCACUAAGUGCUGAACCUCGCCCCAUCCUUGCUUUUGAAUGACUGAGAAUUUUUGGGGAAGCUGCUUUUUUACUUAAUGAUGGCACCCACCUGUUCCCAAUUAGCCUGCUCACCUGUGGGAUGUUUGAAAUAGGUGUUUGAUGAGCAUUCCUCAAAUUUCUCAGUAUUUUUUGCCACCUUUCCCAACUUCUUUGUCACGUGUUGCUGCCAUCAAAUUCUAAGGUUAAUAAUUAUUUGCAAAAAAAAACAACAGUAAAAUGUAUCAGUUUUAUAAUAAUAAUAAUACAUUUUAUUUAAAAGCGCCUUUCUGAGCACCCAAGGACACUUUACAGGGCAUAAAAACACAGCUAGAAACAUAAUUAAAAUAAAUAAAAACAACAUACAAGUGUGAGAGUAGACAGUUAAAGUGAGUAUGCGAUUCGGAAUAGGUGUGUUUUGAGAUUAGAUUUAAAGUGGGGUAAUGAGUCCAUGUUCCUGAGGUCCGGGGGGAGAGAGUUCCAGAGUUUGGGAGCAGAGCGGCUGAAAGCCCUGCUCCCCAUGGUGCUGAGCCGGGCAGAGGGGACAGAGAGGUGGAGGGAGGAGGAGGAUCUGAGGGAGCGUGGGGGGGUGGAUAUGUGGAGGAGAUCGGAGAGGUAGGGGGGGGCAAGGUUAUGGAUGGCCUUGAAAGUGUACAGGAGUUUUAGCAUUAAAUAUGUUGUGUUUGUAGUAUAUUCAAUUGAAAAUGGGUUGGAAAGGAUUUGCAAAUCAGUGUGUUCCAUUUUUAUUUAUGAUUUACAGAUCUUCCCAACUUCAUUUGAAUUGGGUUUUGUAAAUAGUUGGAAGUUCUACUUAUUUGUGUAUGUGUGUAUGUCAUUAUUUGGUCUCCCUCACAGGCUCACUGUUUAACAUUUUCUACAGUGGUCCACAAAGACCAAUUUUCAAGUCAAAAAACAAAAUGUAUUCAAAAACAGAAAUAUAAUUAAUCUAAAAGAGAAAACUGCAACAAAAGUCAAAAAUCAAGCCGUCAACAGUGACCAGAGAGCACUGGGUGGGAUCUGGUUGUAAAACUUGGUCAGGUAGUGAAAUCAGGUCUGAACACCUAUUUCAGCUGGUCAGUGAAUGAAAAUGCAGUUAAACACACACACACACACACACACACACACACACACACACACACACAGAAACACACACUCUGUCAUGGCUUCAUAGACGACCUCAGUAACGAGUUAAACAGAGUGAAUGAGGUCAAGCUUGUGUGUUACAAGCUGUGUGUUGUGUGUGUGUGUGUGUGUGUGUGUGUGUGUGUGUGUGUGUGUGUGUGUAUGUGUGUGUGUUUUCGUGCCCUGUUCUCUGACUGCAGGCUGAGAGUCGAACGCUCAGAGAUUCCUGCUGUCGUUGCCUCUCACUGUGGAGGUGAAUCAGAUGUAUUCACGUGUGUGCGUCAGUGUUUGUAUCUUUCUGGAUGAGUGUGUGUGUGUGUGUGUGUGUGUGUGUGUGUGUGUCAGCCUCUAAAAGGCGAAUCUUUCCUCCUGCUGAACUCAGAGUCACAGUGAAGCUUCAUUCAAGUUAAUAAAUUAAUGUGACUUCUCAUAUCACAGCAAGAAAUACAUUCACAAAUACAGGAACUCUAUGAAAGAGAGACAGCAACCAAACUAGAACUCCUAAAAAGUGCAGCUGUUGGUACAUUGAAUCUCCAGACAUCAGCAAGUAAUGAGUAACAUUGUCAAAAAAUGAUAAAAUUCUUCUCAUGUUCAACAGAGGAAGCACUCUGAAGUUGUCUCCUCCCUCUAUGUCAUGUUUUCAGACCACACAGUGAAGCAGUGCAGCAUUUCUUUGAAUAGUAAAUCCAAAAUCCAAGUUCAUUGCAUUUAUAAGAUUCCUAAUUCAAGCCACUGCUGAAGAUUUCUGUAUGUUGGUAAUGUCGUCUUUUUGUUGCUGACAUUUUUCUCAUUUUUGUGUAUAACAUUUUUAUACAUAUACUGUAGGUCUAAGUUAACUUUUUUAUAAUUAUCUGUGCACUGUGUGCUUGAUGGGUUUACUUAUUCUUCUAUGUUUGCUAUCCUUUGCUGCUGUUGACACUCCAAAUUUCCACACCGUGGAAUGGAUAAAGGUUUAUCUUAUCUUAUCUUAUAGAUUCAAAAACAGUUUAGAGGUUUAGAGUGUCAGUGACAUCAACCCCCAAAACAACUGAGUUUCAAAGCUCAUAUCCGCAUGUUGGAAAUGCUGACUCAACCACCACUGUUAGCUAUAUUAUUCUUUCUUAGCUCAAGCAUUUCCUAGGAUGAAUUACUCUUACAACAAUGACCAACAGACCUGGUAUGUUUCUUUUGUUAGUGUGUUGGAGUUUUGUUGGACUUUUAUGUGUCAUUACCAAACAUCAGUAUUCUGUUUGCCUUGUAAUUUGCUGGAUGUUGUUUCCCCAUAUGUUUUACUACUUAGUCCAAUGGAGAGCUCGAGUUGGGAAGGAAGGUGGUGUCAGAGUAAAAUGUCAGUCCCCGCCUCUCUUCUCGAAAUCCUGGAUUUUGUCUUGUUAUGUGAGCAGGUCGAUGUUAAAAUGCGCCAGAACACAGAGUGAGUGUUUGUGCUGGCAAAGCUGCUGCUGUGACUCCAAUGUUUAUUCCUCUGGAUACUUACAGUGAGGCAAAGCGCCAAAAACACAGACAGCCAAAAACACAGAGGGCCAAACUAUAGUUUGCCUCAUAGAGGCUUUCAGCUGUCCAACAGUUCAGGGUCUCCUUUGUCCAGAUUUUAUGUGUCAUGGUGCUCCACAUGUUUUCAGUGGGUGUCAAGUCAGGACUGCAGGCAGGCCAGUUUAGCAGCAGGACUCUUCUACUACAGAGCCAUGCUGCUGUAAUCCUGGCAGAAUGUGGUUUGUCUUUGUCUUGCUGAAAUAUGAAGGUCUUCUCUGAAAAAGUCAUUGUCUGGAUCACAGAAGUUACACAAUUACUCCUAAACCUGUAUAUGUUGUUCAGCAUUAAUGGAGUCUUCACAGAAGUGAAAGAUACCCAUGACAUGAACACUAAUGAUCCUCAUACCAUCAGGGAUGCAGGCUUUGAACUGAGAGCUGCUAACCAGCAAAGCGGUCCAUCUUCACCUUAAAGUGGAUUUGAAUGUUAAUUUUUGAUUUAUUGGACCACAUCAGCUUUACAUUUUGGCCCAGUUCAUCUAAAAUUGCUGGUGUUUGGAAAUUGUAGAUGCAGUGUUGAUGUGUUCAAGGACAACAGUUUUUGGAAAUUAUUCUGAGCCCAUGCAGUGAUUUCCACUACAGAGUCCAGUCUGUUUUUAAUGCAGUGCUGACUGAGGGCCUGAAGAUCAGGACCAUCCAGUCUUGUCUUGGUCCUUUUCUCUUUUGGACAUAUAUUUCCCCAGAUUAUCUCAGUCUUUUUUCACAUUUUACACUCAGCAACAUUUUUCUGAAACUGCUGAAUUAUUAGCUCACUCAGUUUCUCACAGAGUGGUGAACCUCUUCCCAUCUUUCUUUCUAGGAGACUCAGCCUCUCUGAAUGUCCUUUUUAUACCCAGUCAUGUUACUAACCUUUUGAAAGUUAACCUCAUUAGUUUGAGAUGUUUUUUUUUUCUGUUUGUUUGUUUUGUUUUGUUUGUUUGUUUUUUAGCAUUACACAAUGUUUUACCUGUUUGGUUGUUCCUCAAAGAAAUUUUUUGAAAGAUAUCGCAGGGAACAAAUACAUUUUUCCUGAAACCUUUCAGUCUCAACACCUAAUAGGUUGUCCCAGCACAAAUUCCAAUAAAAUGUGUGGUUUUUAUAGUUUGUAAGUCUGUUUUUAUCCAAAAAUGACAGUGUUUGUGCUUUUAAUGCAGCUGCCUUAUCUUUUGGCAGCAUGCUCUUUUAUUACAGCAUGUUUCUAACUCUAACAUGUGUUUGUGAAUGUGCUAUAUUUUUGAGUUUGCAGUGUGUUUCUUCUAGAGAAGGUCAACCCACCACUGCUUCAUCAGCUCCUGUAGCAAACAGAGGGCCAAACGCUGAGGGUUGAACACAGGGCUGUUGUUAAAUAUUCAUACUGGGAGAAGCAGAGAGAGACAACAUGUUUCUGCAGCAGUUUGAUUAAAUGUAUCUUUAAUGAAAGUGAACGCUGGCUUCAUUGGAAACAGAAACAGAGAAACAGACUGAGAUAAACUCUGAUGGAAACAAACAGACCAGUCACUGAGCGUCUGCGACCCAGAUCUGUCACUCACACACAUUAAAACAUUUAUUAAGACCAGACGGAUCAAUUCACCCUGAUACAGAGACCACAUCUAUUAUUGAUCAGCUGCUGUGUUUUUAUUUCUCUGUGUGAUCACCUGUGCGUGUGAGUGAGUGUGUGUGUUUGAAGACAGAGCACGAUGUGAGACUUCACAAAAAUACAGAAGAGGAAAAAGAGGCUUAAAGAAAAACUCAAAGAGAGGAGGAACAGCUUUGUGACCUUCACUCUCUUCUCAUCCUCUACAUUGGAUGACAGGAUGAAGUAUAGGAUCAGAUGAAGGAGUGAAGGAGAGGAGAGAUCAGAAGUGUGACGUUGUGUUUGAGGAGGCGUGUUAUUUGGCCUGCUGGAUGUGAUGAAGAAGAGGUCAGCUAUUCUUAGGUUUCAUCAGGGUGAUGCGUUCACUGCUGCACACAGAUACAGAAAUCUGUGUGUGAGUGCAAGUGUGUGUGUUGGGAAGGGGUGAUGUAUGUUAUCUCACAGGCGCACAGUAAAGAGUCCACUUCAUGCUGUACCAUCAUUUUAUUCAGUAUUUGUUUUGGAGUCUUCAUGUUGUCCAGUGAUUUUUUUCAGACUUUCUACUGUAUUUCUUCAUCACAGUUCACCAAAUUUAAGCCUGUGCAUGUUGCAAGCUGCAAAAUGUCAAAAAGCAGCAUUUCCUUGAAAGUGCCUCUCGAGACUGUCAUCAACCCCCCCCCCCCCCCAAAAAAAAAAAAAAAAAAAAAAAAAAAACAUGCUUAGUUUCCCACCUGAAAUACCCACUUUUUAUUAUCAGACCCAUUAGCCAGCUCAUAUUUGCCUUUACCCUGAACGGUUGUGGGACUGUACAAACCAAGAAAUACUUUAGUUUGUGACUGUCACUAACAGCCCCCAGAAAAUUGUACAAAAUUGAGUGUUAUCAGUCUAAGGUUGCAAAGGGGUGAUACCUUUCCAGAAACUUUCCAUAGGAAGUUAACCUUGAUAUGUUCCAAAUUGGAAACUUUCCAUGGGAAUCAUGGGAAUUAUGGGAAUUUGUGGGAAUUAACUGGAAAUUGGAGCUAAUUUAAACAUAUUGCAUCAUAUCCAAACAUAAAUUUAAAUAUUUUUGUUUUGUCAUAAGCAGACAUUAGCUUGUGUGAAAUGCGUCCAUACAUCAGAUGGUGAACUUGGCAUUUUUCUGUAGAAUAAAAUAACAAAAAAGGUUGUAAAAACACUAAUGCAAUGGCAUGAACAGAAAUAUAGUUGGCUAAAAAACUGGAAUGGUCUUCAAAAUAUUUGACAAUUGAUGUACAAAUUAUUGUAUAAAACACUCAUGGUCUGAAAUGCUCAUUUUUUCCAACCUCACAUCCUUUAUAGGGAUUGACAACUUUUAUAAGUCAUUUGUUUCAAAGAUAGUAGGGUUACAGGUUUGGCAAAUCCAAGGCACACCUAACUUGACUGACAGGUGAGCACGCUGUAACCAUCAACAAGUAGGUCUGCCUCAACUCCAUUUCUUUGUCUCCUGGUUGAUCAAACAAGAGUUAGAUUGAGUCAGUAUUUCCAAUAUGGUGACUGCUGCCGUUAGACUUCAAAUCUCUGCUUCAGAAAGCAAUGGGUGAUGUUCCUGGGACUACAUGUCAUAUGGCAGGGUGGAUGUCCCUGCCAUAUGGCUUUAUCAGAAACCAGUAUGUGAUGUAACUACAGCUAUAUUUUAAACAAACAAAGAGGUGCUGCUUUAUCAAAUUCAGAUUAACUAACAAACUCCAUCAGGUUUGUUGCUUCAUGCAACUGUUUUCUUACCUAAACCUAGAAGUGCAAAGUCUGGGAAGAAUUUUUACUUUUGUCUUUGUAGUAAAAAUGGGCGCUAGUGCUGCAAGUGAAAAUUUCUUUGAUAAGUCACUUGAGAAAUUUAGUUUUCUGCCCUCAUUAAGUAUCUUGAUUAUCUUGGAAAAUGUUGUAUUUUGACUUUACACGUAAAUGUUGGAUUUGUAAAAAAUAAGAAGAGAUAUAUGACAAGAAAAAUUCACUCUGUAAGCUAUGACUUUCCUGAUGUGGUGUCAGUUAAAAAUAACAUUGCGGUCUAUCUGUGUAUAAAACUUUUAUGAUAUCAUGUUUCUGAGCUGUCAGGUAUCAGAUUCAAGAAACAACAACACAGUGAAAGCAACAGGUGAGCCAGCCAAUCAACACCUGACACCUUCAUCACAUCAAUCAUUUACACACAAACUAGAUAAAUUCUUAUUAUUCAGAGGAAUAACAUCAGCCUAAAACAGACUCAUUUAUAAAAGAAAAGAAUUUGAAAACAUACUUUUUUUUUCAGGGUCAUAAGAAACCAAAGUAGACCUUUCUUGGCCAUGUCACAUGUAAUCUUGAAGACGAUUACUUAAAACUAACGCUCCAUUUUAUGCAUUUACUUCAGAGUAUACCACCAUUUGCUUUAAAUGAAUUUGACAUUAUGGGGGAUUUGGUUGAUAAAAAAAAUGGCAGCACCAGCAGUAUCCGGAAUUGACAACAACUAGGCACAGAAUUUUAGAUGCCCGAAGCCGCCAUUAAUGUGUUUGUGUAGUUAGUAGCUAGAACUUGAACACUCCAUGAAGAGUAAAGCUUUUCUGUGAUUGGUUACUGGAAGUCAACAUGCUACAUCUGUGACAGUAGCUUGGUAAGUUUGGUUAGGUUGUGGUCUAGCUGAACCGUUGCAGAACACAUCAUAGGCAAGGUUUUCAUCAUAUUCAUCUCUGUCUUUGGAGUAAAACUUAGUUGAUGUUAGAUAUGUAGCACUCCUCCUCUAAACAUUGUUUUAUAGCAAAAGACAUGGUAUGGUUUAUAAGUUUUGUGGUACUUGGUAUUGAAAUUAGGGCCAGUUAACUGUGAAGGUGGUUGACGAUUUAGUUCUGUUUCCCAUUUUGGUUUGUGGAGGUGGCAUGGCUUUGACAUAAUUAGGAAUUGUGGACUCAAACAGUUCAUACUUUAACACCAAAGUAUGAAUGAAGAACAACUCACACUAAAAACACAUAAAGCUAUCUACAGCACUGUGCAGUCUGCACUGCCUCUAGUUGUGUUAGUGAUCCUGGUUGAUACAUUUAAUCCAGGCAUGGGGUUACCAUCCCUUGUCUGGAUUAUGUGUCCUCUUGGUAGACAUAGAUACAAUGAGCUGGUAAAGAAGAACAGGCAUUUACUGUAAAGGAAGAGAGAGAAAAACAGGUACACAGACAUCAAACUCUUCCUUGUAAAGUUGGGCUUUGACUUGAUGUCCUACCACAGACUGUAUAAUAUACAGACAUGGUCUUGGUGACAUCAUCCAUGUGUUUCUGUAGUGGAGUUUUGAAGCUGCAGUUGCCAUAUUGGAAAUGCUGACUCAACCUAACUUGGCUGAAGAGGUGGAGUUCAGGAGGUUCUUUAGCCUCCUAGCUAACCACAUACAUUUAAAAUCUUUCCACUUGAUAUGGCCACCAGAUGCCACUGGAUAUGAUCAAUUUUUCUAGUAUUAGAAAUUGUGCUUCUGCUGUCAGAAUGUUUCUGCUGAUACAUCUUGUAGCAGUGUUGGUAUUCUGCAGCUUGUGCUUGUUUUAUGUUUGGAGAGCUGUGGGGAGAGAGUUCAUCAAAAAGUCAGCCAACAACCCCCCCACACACACACACAGAAACACACACACAGAAACACACACUCAGAGGUGAUGGGUCCUGCUCUCUGUCAGUGUUUUUGCUUGCAAACCCUGCAGCUCAAGGUCUGACACAAAGACUCUCCAGUUAUGUGUGUGUCUAUGUGUGCGUGCAUGCUGGUGUUUACAGGGAAGGCCAUGAGGGGUGAGGUCAUUCUCGGGUGUCUGAAUGCAGAGAAACUAUGCUGUGUAUUCUCCUGUUUCUAUAAGGUGCAGCAUGCACUCUCAGGUGUGCUUGUUGGAGUUCACACUACACCCCUGCCAUCCUGUGUGUUAAACACAGCUGCAGGGUUGUGUGUGUGUAUGUGCAGUCAGACACUGGACAGGGUAAGCAAAGUGAACAGACAGGUGUGAAGGACCUGCACCCUAUCCUACCAAAAUUACAGCAGAGUGACUGAAAUAACUUCAGAAACUCUCUCUCUCUCACUGCCUUCAGGAGGAGGUAUUAAGAGUUGAGUCUUAUCUGGAUAGAAAUGCACUCCUGAUCCUGUCUCUGUCUCACACUGCUGAUUUUCACUUCGAGUUUGUUUAAAGUGAAGAGAUGCAACGCUGCAGUGAGUGUUGAACAAACUCCAGAGAGUGCAGCUGCUGAACUCAGACCCCACACCACCAAAACUCCACUCACAUUUAUACAGCCUGUUCAAAGUGUGACUAUAACACCUCUGUAAGACUUCUCUGUCAGUGGAAGAGCUGCAGAGGAGGAGGGAUGAAAGGAAGUUUUUCUGCAUGUGGAGAAGUAGAAAAGAAGGAAAAGCACUGUGUGUGAUACAUUUACCCUGUAACACGCCAGCCCUGUUUGGUUCAGCUUACCGUUAACCUUGAAACUCAGGUUCACUAAGAGAUGGACAGUAAGGAAAAAACAAAGACACAUUAAACACAUCAACAGUAAGUCAAGCCUGUGUUACUGAACAAAGAAUUACCACAAACAAACUAAAAAUAAGCUAAAGUGUUUACAGCGAAACUGAGACCUGCCAAAAACAAACAAAAAAUAAACAGCAGUAAGCCAAAGUGGAGUCUCUGUGUAACCUUAAAUUUACCAAGACUUAUUAUAAAACGAUGCACAGUAAGAGUAGAGUCUCCAUGCCACUUACUAUUUGAAGUAAACUGGGACUUGUACAAACAGAAGCCAGAGUAAAGCCACAUGUACCUCUUUUCCACCAACCUGGUGCCAGUGCUAGUUCUGGGUCUGCAAUAGUGCUGGUACAGAGCUGGUUCAACUUGCUGAAAAACUAGUUUGCUUUUCCACUGGCUGGGGCCACAUAUGACAGUGACUAUGUUUUUCAUUUCCCAGCACAACUUGCAUGCCCUCUUGCAGCCAAACAACAAUGGAGGACUAUUGCAUCUCGUUUCAAGUGCUGCUCCUCGCUCUGCAGACAUUCAUCCAUAUCCAACACAAAGGGUCUAUAGAGUUAGUUCUACUCAACAGGAAAGGCAAUAUUGUCCCAGAAGAUAGGUUAUUAACAAUAGUGUAUGGAUUCUUCCAUACACUGAACAUCAGCCCUUUAAAUAGCUGCUUUGAGUCUGAGUCUUUGGGGACAACAACCCCGCCCCCAGGGCCACGUUGAUAGUUCCUUUAUUUUAGCCCUGCGAGGAAUUGAUGCUGUGUUGGAACUGGUUUUUUUCUGGCCCAGACCCAUUUCUUUGUAAAAACAAAGAACCUGACCUGUUAACAUAUUGACCUGUUAUUAUCUCUGAGGACACUCUCUCCUGUCUCCACUUGUCCCUCUGUUUCUGCUCACUGUGUCUCCUCCAACUGAAGCACAGCUAAGUAUUGAUCCAGAGUUGAAUAGAUUCACAGCACACACACACUCUCUCUGCUCGGCUUUUUUUCUUUUACUGCAGGUUUGUUAGAUGAGUGUUUUUAGCCUUUUGUGACACACUCACAGAGUGAUUAUCUGUCUGCAAUAACACUCUCUGACUCUAAGCCUUAAUAAAGAAUCUGGUCCUUUAAUCUGCAGCCAGAGGUCCAAUCAUUGAUCAUAUCUGAGCGUCCUCUCCAUCAUUCUCUCAUCGCUCAUCUUCACGCUUACACCUUUGGCCCUUUCUAAGAUGACUGCUCUUUAAUGAAAACUGAUAGCAGUAAUAAUCAUCGCUCAGCUGCAGGAACAGAGCCAGAACCAGGCUGAGGCCACAUCCUCUCUCUGAGUAAGGUUUCUUCCUCUCUCUAUGUCUUCUUCACUUUAUUUCUUCAGUAUAUCCUCCUGUCUCCUCCUUUUUUCUUCUGUUAGGGUUAAGGGUAGGCUGCUGUCUGUCUAUAUGUCCAUCUCUCUUGUUGUUCCCUGCUUGAUAAAGACAUCUUCCUUGUUGGGGGGCAUAGAUGUGAUGCAGUAUGCAGAGCGGGGAUUGGAUGUGGUGAGCAGAGCUUAUAUAGAGUGAUGAACUGACAGAGAGAGCAGCUCUGUUAUCAGUGAUCACUCAGAGACAAAGACGAGCGUCUCUGCUCUGCUGCAAACUAAUUAAUAAUCUGAGUGUCACUGCUAAUGCUGCAGACUCACUGCAGCAACAUCCAGAAUGAGGCUGUGAACCCAAAACCAACGCUGAGGUCCCAAAACCUGUAGUUCCUAUAGUGUCCACCAGAGGCUGUCUUCUGCAGAGAGUCAGUUCUCAUAGAGCCCCGUGAUGAAAAGUCAACUUAAACAGAAGAAAUUAAGGUACCAUCCUACUUCAUCUGUUGUGAUGCAAAGCACUCUGAUCUGACCCUCGGUUAAAGGUGGGGUGGGCAGGAUCUGAGGAAGUGCCAGUUUUGGGGAGAAAUCUUGAUUGUAAACAGUACCCCUCCCAGCCAGUUUUCCCCUCAGCUCCUUACUCCCCUCUGUCUCUGCUCCAGAAAGCCCAGCCCACAAACAGACGCUCCUGCUCACUCUUAUCGUUCCAAUUAAAUUCAGAUAUAAUGCAGAUAAAUACUUCAAAUAAUUACAAAUGGGUCCCAGUCAACGUGAAAGUAAAAAGCAUUGGUGCUACUGUAGAUGCCAACAGACUACCAGCAAACACAAUGUUUGCAGGACUUCCACAACUAGGAUUAAGUGACACAAUCCAGGACCCGAGGGAAACAGUUUAGCGGCGCUACAACACGCAGCAAGUCCCGUUUGACAAGAAACACUUCCGUUACAGACUCUUGGCUUACUUUGUUAAAGCGGUUUACCUGUCCAGCAGAAAGGUUACAGGGUCCGUAAGAUCCCAAAGCAUCCUCCAUCAUUGUUGACCCAGCUUCUUAACUCUUGUCCAGUCUACCUCCGUUUUAAGCGCCCGUUAUUCUGCCAGAGUCUCCGGUGUUUAGUUCGUUUUCUUGCUUGUGUGGGUGGUCGUGGCUAAAGGAGGAUUCAGACAAUUUUCUGUACUUUCUGGUAGGUUUCUACUGUCUGUUAUUGUAGCACGCUAACUUUGUUUGGGCUCCUGAACGACACGGGGGAGCAACCAAUCAGCACUAAGGAGCAGCGUCCCCCUCACAACCAAUCAGGAUGGGGGAGGCAGGGAAUGGCUUUGUGUACAGUCAGAAAGAGCGGAGCGCUCUGAAAUUUUAAAAUGUUGACUACACAGACGUAACAAAACACAAUCAAUAUAAAAAACUAAUAGCUAUUGACUGAUAUUAAAAGCUUUUUUAUAUAAACACCACAAAAAAGAUGCUUCUUUGACAGAAUCCUGCCUACCCCACCUUUAAGAAGGAGAGGAGAGGAUAGAUCAUCCUGAAUGACACCUCCUCUAAUCUGAUUUUGUUUGGUCAGCAAACUUAAGUACCUUACUAAAUAAUGACAUACACUUUUUGAUAUAUAUAAAUAUUUUUGUAUGACAGAGUAUUAGGACCACGGUAAAGACAAAGAAUUCAAGAAUUAAGUUGUGAUGUUAUGACAAUAUAUAUAGUUUUUUUUGUUAUGAGAAUUAAGUCAUUAUGUUACAAGAAUAAAGCUGCAGCAAAGUUUUAGUUUCAAUAAACUUUUGACCCUUUGUGAAGAGGGCAGGAUAUCAGGAGAGCAAACCACUCCCUGCAGUCAGAUGAAGAAUAAGUAUUUGAUUAAAUUAAACUGCAACUUUAGAUGCAUUGUCUUCCUCCUUCUAAGCGAGGAAAAUGGUUGUUUAUGGCCUGUAUAAACUAAAUAAAUACUGUUGACUGAAGAGCAACUGUUUUUCUUCUAACAAUUUACUUUAUUAUUUUUACAUAAAAACACUGUUCUGGUAACAUAACAACUUUACUCUGGUAGCAUAACUUUUUUGAAGUUACAGAACAACUUUAUUCUGGUAACAACAAUAUUUUUAGGUAACUUAAAAACUUUAUUCAGAUAACAACUCUAUUAAGGUUUCACACUACUUAGCCUAUACUUUAUUUUGGUAAAAUUACAACUUUUUUCAGUUAACAUAAUGACGUUAUCACAGGACAUAACAUUUUCUCCCACAUCAUGUAAGGACCUACAUCGACUGAAAAUUAUUAAACUGAAAUCAAUUGAUUAAUCAAUAUUUUAUUAUUAGACUAUGCUCUAAAAUAUUUACUCAGAUGACAUAAUAACUUUAUUAGACUGCAGGACUGCAUCGUCGAAACAUCAAUCAAUCAAUCAAUCAAAUUUUAUUUAUAUAGCACUUUACAAUAUCCCAAAUGGUACCCAAAGUGCUUUACAUAAAAGCAAUAAAAUAACACAAGAAAAAAAAAUACCAUUAUAAAAUAAUACAAUAGAAUAGAAUAAUACAAGAACGAUGAAAUAAUAAAAAUGAAUAUGAGAAACAAAUAAUACAAUAAAAUAGUAUGUAGAAGUGCUAAAAACCUAUAAGUACAGGACUACCUAGUCAGAGUUAAAAGCAAGUCUAAAAAGGUGCGUCUUUAACUUUGAUUUAAAUAAACUGAGGUCAGUGGUGGUGCGUACAUCUAGCGGCAGUCUGUUCCACAGCCUAGGAGCUGCAACAGCAAAAGAACGAUCACCCCACUGUUUGAGUUUUGACCUCGGGACCUCCAACAGGCGCUGACCGGAGGAACGGAGGGCCCUGCCAUGAUCGCGAACAGUUAAAAUCUCUGACAGGUAGGAGGGGGCCAGGCCAUUUAUGGCAUAAAAAGUAAAUAAUAAAAGUUUAAAGUCAAUUCUAAAACAAACUGGAAGCCAGUGUAGCGAAGACAGCACAGGGGUGAUGUGUUCAUGCCUAGACGUGCCCGUUAAAAAUCGUGCAGCAGCGUUCUGUACAAGCUGGAGACGGGAGAUUAAAGACUGGCUGAGGCCAACAUAAAGGGCAUUACAAUAGUCCAGUCUGGAACUGAUGAAGGCAUGGAUUGCCUGACAUGAAUGACAACUUCAUUCAUAAAACAUAUCUUUCUUCUUGUGAUAUAACUUUUUUUUCACAUGACACGAAGGCUUUAUACAUUUAACAAUGAGACUUCCUUCACAUAAAACAUGAAGAUCGUAUUGACAUAAUAUAAGCAAUUAUCACAUAAUAACUUUAUUUAGGAAACAUGAGGAUUUUAUUCACAUAACCAAACCACUUUAUCACACAACAUGGUGACGUUAUUCUUAAAAUCUUUUAUUAUUAUUAUUAUUAUUAUUAUUAUUAUUAUUAUUAUUUAUUGUGGCUCUAAUACUUCAGCUGCUGUAAGUUUAGGAACGGUCUCUUUGUUUACACACAGCCAUCAGAUGAGCAGAGAGAUGGAAACAGAAAUGUCUGCAGAUGAAGAGGGAGAAAGCAAAAGAUAAAAUCUCUCCCCCAGCCUGGUGUUAUUUGAUAUUUAACAUCGUCUACCCUCAGCCAACAUGAUUCAUGAAAAAAAAAUCCUUUGAAAGUCCACUGUGGACUAAACCAAAGAGUACAAACAAACAGCUGUCCUGGAUACAGCUUCAGAAUUAAAGCAUGAGGGAGUCCCUCUACAGAACACACACAUCAGGCUUUUGCUUUGAAAAUCAUUCCAGAGGUGCAACCAAAGCACAUUAUUCAAGCUUGUGAUAUUAACAUGUCUGAUACAGAGUGAAUGCAGCCUUUAGCUUAAAACAUUUUCUGUGAAUUCUUGUUUGAGAUCCUCAUGGCUUGCAGAAAAAAACUGGCGUGCAACACUUACUGUGUUAAGUGUCAGGGUAGGGGAGGGUCUGCUGAUAAGACGCAAGAAAACUCAGCAAUCACUGAACCAAACCAGGCCACUUGGUGUGAAGGCACCACAACAGACUAUCUAAGAAGUCUGAACUAAAGUUGAUUUUUAUCACUGACCCUCUGCUGACCCUUCAGUCCUCUUCUGUCAUCAGAUAUGGUCACUUUGCUGCAAAAACUGACGCAUGGACUGCAAAAACGCUGAAGCAGGGAACAUUGGUGUCCAAAAAAUCAGUUCAGAAAGCUUUAAAUGACGUUGUGAUGACUGUGUUCAUCAUUUAUUCAUUUCUGUGGUGUGACCCUGACCUUUGACCUCUGUGUAGCCAAGCAUUAAACAGGAAACACCUUUUAUAAAAUCAGGAUGUUUUUCUGUCUCUGUGAGGCCCAAAGUCACCUCAGCUCAUUAACAUGCUGCUCAUUAUGAGCUGCACAUGUUCAGAUCUGUGUGUAAUGAUGUGCAGGAGGGGGGGGUGGUAGGUCCGGUCACCUUUCUGUGUGUGUUGGUGUGUGUGUAUGUGUGUGCACCUGCGUGCAUGCGUGUGUGUGUGUGCGCAGCAUAACAAUGUCUCCCACAUAGAGACAGAGAAGGUGUGUAGAGCACCUUCUGGGAUCAUUUAUUACAAAGGUUAUCACUGCAUUGUUAACAGAUGUGUGCGUGUGUGUGCGUGCGUGUGUGUGUGUGUGUGUGUGUGUGUGUGUGUGUGUGUGUGUGUGUGCGUGCGUGCGUGUGUUCUCCAGAGUAAUUAGUUUUUUUUUUCUCCUGAUAUUUUAACAUCACUCUGAUUACUCCCCGCUCUCUAUCCUCAUUAAUCUCCUCUCUGCCCUCCUUCUCCUCCUCCCUUGCUUCCUUCCCUUUCCUCCUCUUUCUCAGAUGAAGGUCAGACGGUGUGCAGUAGUCCUCCGGAGCUGGUGGGUCAGCGGUUGGCAGAGGUGGGGAUGCAGCUGCGGGCUGACUGUCACCAGGGUCUGGGGUACUGGGACUAUCUGUUCUUCAUCGCCAUCGGCUUUGUCAUCUUCUCGGCCGGCACGGUGUCAGCAUGGGUGAUGGGUGUGCUCAUGGUGCUGUACGAGCGCUACAGCAAGAGGAAGAGCGAGGAGCUAGACAGCGAGGAUGAGGAGGAAAGGGGGGGACUGGGUGGGGGAGGGAGUGGGGGAGGAGGUGGAGGAGGAGGUGGGAAUCAAGGGAAUGGAGACCUGAGCAAACCCAACAUGCAGGUGUGACAGAAGGAAGUGACAAGGACACAAGGAGACAAGGACAUAAUGAAGGACAGUGAGACCAAAGGAUGUGUCCGCCUGCCCGCCACCUGUUUCUCUGCAGGAUGGUACGAGGACGUCACAAACAUCUUCAUCACAUCUGGAACCUGAAGACGUCUGUCUCCACAUCAGGAUGGACAGACAGAGCAAUAAUGAGGACAGAACCCCCUCUGAGAUUACUGAGAGCAAUAAUAUAUACACACACACAUGCACACAUACACACACACAGCUCAUCAAACACACACACACACACUAUAAACAUACAUAUGCACACAAACACAUUAGUAAUCAGUUUUAGUACUGAAAGGUGGUUUUUCUGAAGCCUUAAGGCAGCUCACUGACAGCUGUGAUCGCUCAUUUAUUCUGUUCACACACACACACCCUCUCUCUCUCCCUUUUCUUUUUCUUUCUCCUUCCUCUCUUUCUUUCUCUGAUUGUGCAAACUCUGAAUCAGUGAGAUGCAUCAGUCUGUAGACCUUGGUUAGAUGUGUACCAUGUGAUCCUAAAGCUGCAUUUCCAUCAAGCAGUCUGGUAUAGUUGGCCUGGCACAGUAGGAAACUAUUUGCAUCUACAUUAUCAAAAGUUGAGGAAGGAGCCAAAAUAACUUCUCUUUACUGUCUUUUUAUUCAAUGCACCUUUAUUUUGGGGCACCAAACACACCGAUCUGACCCUAAAUAGCAAGACUGAGUUGUUAUGUAUUUAGUGUAAAAGGACACUCAGUUUACACACAAACAACAACCAAGCAGAAAGAGGCACGGGAGGAUGGGUACAAAGGGAGAGGGAGCUCCUAGAAAAGGAAAAUAAUUCUUGUCACCUUAAUUUUAGUUAAUAAUUAACAUGUCUCUGUUGAUCUUAUCUCUUUAAAAAAAAGGGAACACUCAGUUUACACGUAAGAAAGAGAUGAAGGGAUGAAUGCAAAGAUGGGUGAAGAUUGCAGAAAAAAAGAAAAAAGAUUUCUUCUGUCACCUGAUGUUAGUUGAUACUUAACAUUGCUUGUCCGCAGCCAAAAUAAUUGAUGACAUCUUUUUAAGAACCAAAGGUCAUUAUAGGCUCAUUAAAGAGCCUAUGCUUCUUCCUUCUUUUACCAAAUAACUGUCCUUGAAGCAACCUCCAAAUCAAGGCAUUGUGUGAUAACAAGGGGAGUCUCCCCUUAGAAAAAAAAAAAAAAAAACAGAUCAGACUUUGUUUUAAAAUACACCCCAGCAGUACAUCCUUGGAAUAUUUGUCACACUUGUGACAUAAACAUAGUUGAUACAGAGCUUUAGUUUAUUAUUUCCCACUCAUGGCUUGCAGAAGAAACCGGGUGAUGUUACACAACAGUUCACUUAGCUUACUUGCAGCCAUCAUGAUUCUUCAUCACCUUUUGAACCAAAAAGGGUCUUGCUCAAACAGAGAGCUAUAUGCAAGUCUUUUUAUUUUUAAGUCAAAUAGCUGUCCUGGGCAUAAUUUCAAAAUCAAAGCACUGUGUAAAACCAAGGCUGACUCUCUGAUGAAUGAGGGGAUAUUGCUUUGACUUUUAAAGCCUUUCUAAAGUUUUUCAGUGUUGAACUUUUAAUGUUUGUAACACAAAUGUAGCAGAUACUAAGCCUACGCAGCCCUUAACUUAUAUUUUUCUGUACGUUUUAUCUGAGACUCACAGAAAAAUUAAGAAAGCUUUCUCUUUAUUUUUUUGGCCCCGUAGACGUGCCUUGGAAGCCCGCAUGCUAGCCAACCGGACCGCUUGGUGGAAACACACCACAAAGGUUCCCUGUGAAGUGUUCAGCUGUAGAUUCUGGAUUUUAGCAGCCUUAGAGAACUGUUCUGGUCAGGCAGGCUUUGGUAUCUGAAAAACAGUAAGAACAGCAAAAGCAGACAAAAGACAGUCCUGUGUAAUGGCAUCCUGGUUCCUGAUAGGGGUUAUCUAAGAACCAUUAAUUUCUCUCUAAAAAUAGUUAUCUGCAUUCAAGGUCAGCUAACACAAAUCUGUUGAUGUUGUGUCACUGAUGCCAGGCAUACACUGUAAGGAAUGUUGCGGUCGGUGUAACAGUUAAUUGUAAAUGAUAUACCACCGAAGCUCAGGAUUUUUGUGCUCAUGAUGCACGAUCGUGCUCUUACUGUACAAGUUAAAUUGAGACUUAGCUUUGAAAAUUGUUGAAACCAUGGAGGCUGAAGUCAGAGAAUAUCAGUUUGAUCAUAAAUGUAAAGCACAAUUGUCACUUUUCUGACAUGGUCUGUGUUUAUAUAGCACUUUCUCGAGCUGUCUGACCUCUCAAAGUGCUUUUAUAGUACAUGUCACAUCCACAUUCACACACUGGGAGGCUGCUAUGUACAGGGCUCACCAGUAUCAACUAAUCCAGAUCACCCUCUGACAGACCCUAGCACUGGGCCACAGCUGCCCCUAUAUAUGACAAUAAAGCCUCGUAAAAGUAGAUAUUGUGGUAGAGCUAUUGUAUUGGGUUGCAUUAGCUUGCACAAGUGGUUGUAAUGUUUUGGCUCUAUUCAUAUCUUUCAGGUGUCCACUUUCAUUUUGUGCAGGUGCGAUCAGUUAAAAAGUCAUGAAGCUGGUUGAUCUGCUUGUAGCCUUGCUUUCACAAAGUGAGGUUAUGCUGCCAGCCAACCCAAAUUUCUAACAUGUCAGAAAUUCACCCAGCUGGUCAGGAGCAGCCAAAUGAGCUGUGUUCAGGUCACGAUGUACACUGGCCAUACACCAGUGCACAAUCAGGCCGAAAUCUGGCCAAACUUUAAAAGCAGCCGUGAAACUCAAAAAUGGGGUCAAAAACAGCACAGUGUGCACGUCUUCCAAAACCAAUCAGCAUUUAGAUUUUCUGACUUCCUUGAAUACAUCAGAAAUGACCAAUUUAAUCUCUGUUCAACAAACAAACUGCAAACUUGAGACCCAUCAAUCAGAAUAAUAUCAAAAGACAAAACAUUUUUAUCUUCAGGUUCAUACCACUGAAGUAAGCCAGGUUGAACCUUCUGUUUAAUUCAUUAUUUACAGUGAAACUAAGACUCACCACAGAUCAGGUUUUCAGCAAACUUAUUACCUAAAAGUUAUAAGUAAAUCACAAGAAGAGUGGUCUUUUUUUGGAUGGUACAACUGUGAUAAACCAGACAGCAGUCUCUGUGUAAUUUAAUAUUUACAGUGAAGCUGAGACUCACCACAAACAGGUGAACUGGUGCUCUUCUGAGGACAUAAUGAGCUGGGAAAUUAUGGCACCUAUUUUACAGAAAACUCCAGAGAGAUGCACUUUGUGGCUCUCUAAGCUGUUAAAUGAACAUAAACAAUGCAGCUGAAGGAAAAAGGAGCUUUCGCUGGAAGUGGCUUAUUGCUCACCACUAGUGAGCUGAUGGGUCCUGAAAUUUUGAAGGAAAAGAACAGGAAUGUGUCAGUGCUUUCAAAACUCUACAGGGAACCUUUCGGAGCAGCAUCACAACCUGAAAACCUGUUUUAACCUACAGCGAUGUAAGGGUGUGGUAUGGGGGUGUGUCUGUACACUGUGACAUCAGUAGAAGUGGGGAUACUGUUCAACACCUCUGACCACAACCAUCAUGAGUCAAGUUACCAUCUAAAUGUUGCACAAAUAUUCACUUAAUAUGAAAAAUUACCAAAAUCAUGAAAUUCACUCUCUUUCAUUUAGCAUCAAGUAAUCCAGUUUACUUUUGCCCUGGAUCUUAGUGUUUACUUUGUCUGCAUUUGAUCUGGAAAUUCUGAGACGCCAGUCAGAUACGUCAUCCCGGACUUGGUCACAAUUCCAACUCGAGAACUUGGGGAGACUUCUCGUGCUUGAAGCUCAAAAUCCAAGAUGGUUGCACUUUGUGUCAACAAUGAAACAUCUGUACUUUAAUAGUGUUAGGCAACUUUGUCCCAGUUUAUGUAAUAAAUUCAAUUAUACCAAUAAAAUCAUGCAAGUUCUGUUAUGGUUCACAAACUAUCACAUACUGUGUUAUUGCUAACAACAUCAAGAGCUAGCUUUCCAGCUUGUAUCGGGGACGUGGACAUCAUCCCUAGCUCCAACAUCCAAUUUUAUAGAGGUCAAGUCAAUGUUUCCUUAUUACUUAAAACCCAGAAAUUGUCAUGCUCACCUGGUAUGGUUAAAGAUUACCCAUCGUAAAAAUUUGUCAAUUCAAAAGCAAACUACAGGAACAAUGUAAGUAGCUCUUUCCAGGUUUAAACAUCAAAAAGCAUGAUGAUAUGUUUUUUUUCUUAUUGCAUGCUUUUUGCACACUGUAGGAGUCUGCCGUCAUGGCAAAUAAUGAAACCACUGCACUUUUGGUGUUGGUCAGACGUAACAAGCACUUCAAACAGGAUUAAAAUACCACUUAAGUACUUUGAACUACCAUAAAUGAGUGAAGAAUACAGGUACAACCAAUCAGACUGAUGUUAGUGGACAACUGCAUCACAAGGAGCACUUUUAGGAGUAUUAAAAUCCCCACAGACCUGUGAAUGUAACCUUUAUUGAAGAAACAGAGGAAACCACCAAAGUGGAACUUCUGAAAAGUGUAAAUGCUGUUCCAUUAAACAGGAAUUUCUUGACAUCAGUGAGGAUAAAGAAUUAAACACCCACACUGGUGCAGGUGUAUAAUAUUGAACAUUUACUCUGUAGUCUAGUUUGAAUCCAGCCGUCUGCAUGGAUCGGGAUCACUCUCUGGUUUGACCUUCUGUUCAUCUGAGUGUGCUCUCAGGUGAAGAUGAUCAUACAGGUGGAUGGAGACUCACUGAUGGCUGAUGGUCAGGGGUUCAAGCUUUUUUUUUUAGGGCUGGUGUUAACUGUUUCCUCUGCACACUGUGUGACUUUAAUGGGUGUGUGUGUGUAUGAAUAUAGCAUCAUGUUAAAGUGUGUGUGUGUGUGUGUGUGUGUGUGUGUGUUUGCUGUGUUCAGACAGUCUUCUGUCUUUUAUUUAAAGCCUCCUCUUUUGUUGUUUAGUAGGUUCAUGUUCACUGUGACUGAAUGAAGCAGCGUUUGGAUAACCAUGACUCUGUCAGACUCCUCCCACUGCUGACCCCAUGCUGCACAUACAGUGUGUGUGUGUGUGUGUGUGUGCGAGUGUGUGACUGUUUCCAUGAGUGAUUCAUUAGCACAGACUGAUCCAAAUUCUCCCUCCUUUCUGCCUCCAUCUAUCCAUCACAUGGCGAGGAUGAAGGAAUGUGAGCUGAGGUAGGGGGCGGGGCUUACGUCAGCAGCAGGAAAUCAUCCUGAUUGAUGAACGCAGCAGCUUUAUUCAAACACUGAUUGAUGGUCUUAUUUCCAUUUAUGCUUAUUGUGUAGAGCUGUUAGUUGUGUGUUGUGUGUGUGUGUGUGUGUGUGUGUGUGUGUGUGUGUGUGUGUGUGUGUGUGUGUGUGUGUGUGUGUGUGUGUGUGUGUGUGUGUGUGUGUGUGUGUGCGUGUGUGCGUGCGUGUGUGUGUGCAUGGCUGUUUUCAGUCUCUGAUAAUGAACUGAAUGUUUUUACGUGUUGGCUGAAGAGUCACAAAUGUUUUUAUGCUGCACACUGAGCUGUCAAUCAUACACACACAUGCACACAAACAUUCACACUCUUCAUAAGGAGAAUUAUUUUGAAGUAGGGUUGUAUGGGAUGCUUAUGAACAGGACAGUGUGCUAAAACUUUUGACAGUUAAAAAAGGUCCCACACGGCCACUUCACAUUCAAAUGAACCAUGGUUAUGAGUCAAACAGCAAUCCUGAAAGACUCAACUUGGACUUGUCUGUACAGCACACUUACAAUUUAUACAUAACUCAAAUAAUUCUAUUCUUUAAAACAUGGACUGUCCCUUUAAAUCCGGGCUGCAUUUAGUUUGACACACAGUGUUAAAGAUGUGUGUUUGUGUUUAUGUGUGUUUGUGUGUGUAUAUGAAGCUGCUAAAAGUUGUCAUAGGGGUAUUUUCAGAGCUGGACUCAGGGUGAAACUGUUCAUUAUGCAUUAUACUGUAAUCUAAUAUAUAAUACUCCAAACUGUGUGUGUGUGAGUUUGUGUAGUAUGUGUAGCAGAGUGUAACCUGCUGCAGGAAAUAGUCUGAACCUGAAGAGCGACAGGCUGAGGAGGUUAUUUAGGAGCUAAUAACGGGGCAGCAAGUCCAUCGUGUGUGUGUGUGUGUGCGUGCGUGUGUGUGUGUGUGUAUGUGUGUGUGUGUGUUACUGAUAGCUGCUGAUGACUCUACACUCUGUAAUAAAAGCUGUAUUUAGUUUUGUAUCAUGGAUCAUAAGCAAUAAAGAAGACCAGGAUUAAAAACAUGGAUGAAAUAAAUUCUUUUAACUUCA